AUGUCUGGCGUGGAUUUGACGGCCCCGACGGCCCCGGAGGCUAACAAUGCUGCUCCAGAGGCACAUGUUCCUCCGCGUGACCUUGACAUCGGUUCCAGCGCUGAUGAGCCACCCGCAAAGAAGGCUCGUCUUGAAGGUUCUAAUAAGAACAAUGGCGAUGCACGCGAUAGAGGAAUUGCGCCUAUCAAGGCAGAAUACCGAAUUCAAUCUCAACCCAAACCCCGGCCCACCGAACCCGAGAUUAGCCCCGACGAUGCUGCAGAAGCAGCCCCCCACGCCGAACGCGAAGAUGACGGCAGAGAUAACAAGAAGAACAAAAAGAAGAAGAAGAACACUGGCCAAAAUACCAACCGGACCUUCGGCAGCUCAAAGGACGCCAAAGGCCUUUGCGGUUCGAGAAUGUUCAGUGCGGAGUUCUCCCCGGAGGAGUGCCAAUUUAAUGAGAAAUGUCGCUUCGAGCACGACUUGCGGGUGUAUCUGAAAGAACACAAGCGCGAAGAUCUUACGACUUUCAAUGGAAUCUGCCCGGUAUAUGAGGCCCUGGGCAAAUGCUACUCCGGAUGGAAGUGUCGUCUGGUUGGAUCGCACUCGCAGGAGAGAGAAACGACGGAUGGCCGGAAGGAGCUUAUUUUGCUAGAAGACGCGGAACGCAUGGCAAAAGCCAAGCCACGUGUGCCAUUCUCGACGGACGAUGGACUUGUCAAUAUCAUUGCCAACGAGGAUAAAAUAGCUCUAGCGCGGAAAAAGGAAGUGACCAUUCGUGCAAAUGCCGUCAAUGACUGGCUUCACAAGUCGGGCGAGGAGUUGGAGAAGUAUCUACACAGUGGAAAGAAGAAGGCGGGCGAAGAAGAUGAAAAUGCCGAGGGCGGAGCUGAAGUGACCGACGCGGAAAAGGCCAAAGAGGAGAAAGAGGAACAACGGGCGCAGUUUACAGACCCUCCUUUCUUGCCUUCUGAGAAACGUCGCAUCUAUUUUGGACCGGAAACCCCCACCCUGGCACCUCUGACGACACAAGGAAACAUGCCUUUCCGACGACUUUGCACAGAUCUAGGCGCCCAAUUCACUUAUUCCGAAAUGGCCAUGAGUAUGCCGCUCAUCCAAGGCGCAAAGUCCGAGUGGACCUUGAUGAAGGCCCACGAAUCGGAAAUGCUCCCACCAACCAUCACGAACGGUAGCAGUGUGGUCCAGGGAUACGACAAUUCGAAGGAUUUCAAAUUCGGCGCACAGAUUGCUGCGAACAAGCCCUGGCAAGCCGUGAAGGCUACCGAGGUUCUUUCGAAGUUCACCCCCCACUUGCGUGUGAUUGACUUGAACUGUGGCUGCCCGAUUGACCUUCUAUUCCGUGAUGGAGCUGGUUCUGCUCUGUUGGAGCACCACUCCAAGUUGGAGAAAAUUCUUCGCGGCAUGAACAUGGUUUCCCAGGAGAUCCCUAUCACUGUCAAGAUUCGUAUGGGAGUCAAAGAUAAUUACCCUACUGCGUUGAAGCUCACCGAGCGUCUUAUCAUGGGUGGCUACGAAUCUAGAAUCCUUAACGCGGGUCCUCCAGGUGUUGCGGCCAUCACUCUUCAUGGACGUAGCAGACAGCAGCGCUAUACUAAGGAAGCAGACUGGAGCUACAUCGCUGAUUGUGCAGCCCUGAUCAAGCGCAUGAAUGAAAAGACCGACAUUGUCACCGACACCAUCCGUGAACCCGAUGCUCGUUUCCAGCCAAACGCCGGAAAGACUUACUUCCUUGGCAACGGUGACUGCUAUUCACACACAGACUAUGAAAACCACAUAAAAAAUUCUGGCGUGGAUUCAGUCAUGGUGGGCCGUGGUGCUCUGAUCAAGCCAUGGCUGUUCGAAGAAAUCCAGACAGGUCAAUACCUUGACAAAUCUGCAUCAGAGCGUCUUUCCUACAUUGAAAAGUUUGCAAAGUACGGUCUGGAGGCUUGGGGAUCUGAUGAGUAUGGUAUUGGUACUACUCGACGAUUCAUGUUGGAAUGGUUGAGCUUUGCCCAUCGCUAUGUUCCCAUCGGGCUGUUGGAGUACCUCCCCGCUCGCAUUAACGACAGACCCCCUGCUUGGCGUGGCCGAAAUGAAAUGGAGACUCUGAUGGGCAGUGACAACUACAAAGACUGGAUUAAGAUCACCGAGAUGUUCCUCGGUCCUGCGCACCCGGACUUCAAGUUUGAGCCUAAGCAUAAGUCUAAUUCUUAUGAUCAAGCAGAGGGGUGA